GCCAUAUCGAACCAAUUCAUCUAGAAAAGCAAUAUUGCUACGAGUAUUUGGCAUUUGUUUGCAUUGCGCACUUACUUUUAUAUGCGCAAAAGGCAAUGUUGCUUUUUUAGAUGAAUUGCUUCGAUGUGGCCUUUUUAACCGCCAUGUAUUACUUAAUGUUAUCAGCAUAGAAUUAGUCGCCAGUUGAGGUGGACGCUGCUCCGUGCCCGGCCGGGGUAAACCGACACUAUGGCCGACAAGAAGGAUUUGGAGUCCGGUGACCCCGAGCUAGAAGGCGUCCGGAAGCCCAUGGAGCUGCCGGUGCUACCGAAGUCCCUGACCCUCGAGGAGAAGAAGUACCUCCUGGCUGUCGAGAGAGGCGACAUGGCCAACGUCAGGAGGAUUCUUCAAAAAGCCCAUCGUAAGAAACACAUCGAUGUGAACUGCGUGGACUCCCUGGGCCGCGGGGCAUUGACCUUGGCCAUCGAUGGCGAGAAUAUGGAGAUGGUAGAACUGCUGGUUAUCAUGGGGGUGGAAACUAAGGACGCUCUGCUUCAGGCCAUUAAUGCUGAGUUUGUGGAGGCCGUUGAACUCCUAUUGGAGCAUGAGGAGUUGAUUCACAAGGAAAACGAACUUUAUAGUUGGCAGAAGGUGGACCCCAACACAGCAAUGUUCACUCCUGACGUCACUCCGUUGAUGUUAGCUGCUCACAAGAACAACUACGAGAUCAUCAAGAUCCUCCUUGAUCGCGGCGCCACUUUGCCUGACCCUCAUGAUGUCAGAUGUGGAUGUGAUGAGUGCAUCAAGAUGUCGACAGAAGACUCCCUGAGGCACUCCCUAGCGCGCCUCAACGAGUACCGAGCCCUGGCAUCUCCCUCCCUCAUCGCCCUCUCUUCCACCGACCCUAUCCUCACCGCCUUCCAGCUCUCAUGGGAACUCAGGAACUUGGCUUUUGCUGAACAGGAAAGUAAAGCAGAAUACCUGGAACUACGUCGCCAGUCGCAGCAGUUCGCGGUAGACUUAUUAGACCAGUCUCGGAGCUCUCAAGAGUUGGCUAUCAUCCUCAACCACGACCCUGAUGAACCGGCGUAUGCUGAAGGGGAGCACAUGAAGUUGGCUCGGCUUGAACUUGCCAUUGACUUUAAGCAGAAGAAAUUCGUAGCGCACCCAAACAUCCAGCAACUUCUGGCAUCGAUCUGGUAUGAAGGCGUCCCUGGCUUCAGAAGGAAGACUGCGAUGGAGAAGAUAAUGAUCAUCUGCCGCGUGGCUCUGCUGUUCCCAUUCUACUGCAUGCUUUAUAUGAUCGCCCCUAACUGUGCUACUGGUAAACUGAUGCGGAAGCCGUUUAUGAAGUUCUUGAUUCAUGCGUCUAGCUACUUGUUCUUUCUGUUGAUCUUGAUUUUGGUGUCACAAAGAGCGGAGGUGCAGGCCAUCCAGCUAUUUGGCCCAGAGUGGAUGGUUAAGGAAUUGGAGAAGGAACUGCUCAAGCAACGGGGCAACGGACCUACUUACUUGGAGCUCGUGGUCGUCGUCUAUGUCCUUGGGUUCAUCUGGGAAGAGACUCAGGAGAUCUACAUUGAGGGUAUUCGCUCGUAUCUCCGGAAUAUGUGGAACUUCAUCGACUUUACCAGGAACUCUUUAUACGUGGCGGUGGCGCUCCUCCGGUUCGCUGCCUACCUCCAACAGGCCGCCCAGAUCCGGCGUGACCCUCAGACGAAGUUUAUACCCCGGGAGAACUGGGAUGCUUUUGAUCCUCAAUUGAUAGCUGAGGGACUGUUUGCAGCUGCUAAUAUUUUCAGCGCGUUGAAGCUGGUGCAUCUGUUCUCCAUAAAUCCUCACUUGGGGCCGCUGCAGAUCUCGCUGGGCCGUAUGGUCAUCGAUAUCGUCAAAUUCUUCUUCAUCUAUAGUUUGGUGCUCUUCGCGUUUGCUUGUGGUUUGAACCAACUGCUGUGGUACUUCGCUGAUCUUGAGAAGCGCAAGUGCUACGUGCUGCCUGGAGGUCUACCUGACUGGGACAACGCUGGGGACUCCUGCAUGAAGUGGAGGAGCUUCGGGAAUGUAUUCGAAGCGUCCCAAUCUCUCUUCUGGGCCUCGUUCGGCAUGGUGGGCUUGGAGAACUUCGAGCUGGCCGGCAUCAAGAGCUACACACGGUUCUGGGGGCUGCUGAUGUUCGGCUCGUACUCCGUCAUCAACGUCAUCGUGCUCUUGAACCUCCUAAUCGCCAUGAUGUCCAACUCCUAUGCUAUGAUUGAUGAACAUUCUGACGUGGAAUGGAAGUUCGCGCGCACCCGUCUCUGGAUGUCAUACUUCGAAGAGAGCGCAACCCUGCCUCCGCCCUUCAACAUCAUGCCUACCCCCAAACUGCUCCUCAAGUUCCUCGGCCUGAGGAAGAAGGAUAAACUGCGGAAGAUGAAGAUGAAGCAGGAACAGAAAGAGAAAGAACAUGAUGUGAGAUAUCUAGCAGUGAUGCGUGCUGUAGUAUGGAGAUACGUCUCAGCCAUGCACCGACGUAUGGAUGACGAACCGGUUACAGAAGAUGACAUCAACGAACUGAAGGGAGAUGUCUCUGCCUUGAGAUACGAGCUGCUUGAAGUCUUCGAGAAGAACGGAAUGGACGUGUCAUUCACUGAUCGCAAGGAGAAAGCUGUACUCGGCAAACGCAUGAAGGUCUGGGAGCGGCGUCUGAUGAAGGACUUCCACGUGGCCCCAGUAUCCGGAGUAGAUGAGGAGCGCCCUGAAAAUGAGGACGGGCUCGCCAAAUUCCGGAGGAUCGCCAAGAUGGCAGUUGCUAGCACCACCACCUCUAAGUGGGACCAGACCUUAGCUGCGACUGGUGUUGCGAGCCAGAUAGGUCGUUGUCGCAGCCGGGAGUCGUUCAAGAACCAGCAGAACCUGCAGCGAGCUAUGGAGGAAGCCAGGAAAUUGGUGCUCCGGUCACCUUUACCAGGUUCCCGCGGCGCGUCUCCCAUCGAGAUGCCGUUGACUCCCGGCCACACGCUGCUGGAGCUCAUCAAGGACAUCUCCACCGAGGUGGGCGAGUUGGAGCCCGGCUCUCCAGCGCCCAAAUCGCCGUGGAAACCACCAGGCGCCGGCGACGCGGGCCCAGCGGCUACGGUCAGCGGGCUGCUGAGUGCGGUUGACGCGAGGAGCCGCGCUGCGUCGCCCUCACCGCGCACACCCAGCCCUUCGCAAGCUAAGCCAAUGUCGAAAGUAUCGUCACCAGCGACUACGCCUCGCGGGCCAAGCCCCGCGCGAAGCGCGCCGCCAAGUCCUGGACGACCCAUCAGCCCAGUUGGUGAAGAACCGCCACAAACUGAGCCGAGUCCUCUAAUAACAAAGAGGGAGCCGGGAGAUACUCCACCAAAGGUGAUCAAGAGGAAACCACCGGCGCCCCCUGGAGAGGCCCAGGGUCCGGAGUCAUCAGCUGAAGAGGGGAAGCCUCCUGAAGACAUAGCAGUGGCCAGACCGGUAGCCCCGGAGAUAAAGCCGGCGGAAGGCGCUAUACCCCCGCCGCCUCCGGCUGUCAAACCUAAGGCCCCACCAGCACCAACGAUGGAGGUGACACCGAGCACUCCCCCAGUGCACGCGGCGUCCCCCCCGUCUCCGAAGGCCGCACCAGACAAGCCCCCCUCUCCCGUGCCCCCCAAGCCGGCAUCCCCCCCUGCUAAGCCCCCGUCACCACCCAAGUCGCCGGCCAAGUCGGCCUCUCGGGCCACCUCUCCUACGCAAAGAGCAGUGUCGCCUGUCCCGGGUACGGCUGCUUCACCACGUACUCCGUGCCCGCCCACGCCACCGCAGCGUCUAACAUCCACAUCAAGCACGGAGCAACUCAUACCACCACCAUCGCCGGAGCCCCUCCGCCCUGCCAAGAAACUCGAUGACAUCAAGACCAUCAGACGACAGCCUAAAACUGGCUGGCUGUAGAAUACCUAGGUUCUAAUCUAGACUAGGUGACACUGACAACCAGGGAAGGCAAUGCCGGCUCGUGACCGUAAAUUCGAAAUCCCGCGGGAUUGGAAAUAUCAAAGGACGUCAGAUGUUAGCAUAAUACCAGCCUUUCCUAUUGAUAGCUAACGGGAAACUUGAUAAAUAUUGUAAUUACACACAAUUAUUAAAAAAAAACAAAAACAAUUGAAUCAACACCACUGCCAGUUAUCUAUACCCAAAUGAUUUCAUCGAAAGGGUAAUUCCCUUUUUUAAAACAUUUUUAAGUUUCGUUAGUUAAGAUCUCCUGACAAAUCCGAUUUGGAGCAGCGUGGUAGAAUAUGCUUCAUAUCUCCUCCGGUUGAUUGAAAGAAGGCAUGUGCCCAGCUGUGGGACGUAAUAGGCUGUUUGUUUACUUUUUAAAUAAUUUCCAGAUUUUGCUGUUGUUCACUCUUGAGAUAUUUUACUUUUAAUCUUAGUAAUUUUUAUUUUGGUAGCCUUGAAUAGGUUAGCGCGCAUGCGUUAUGUCAAAUGUGGACUCGACCUUAAGCGUUUUUUUUUUAAGUCAACGUGAUGACGGUAUCAGGCAGCAAUACGAUAUAAUACAUCCCUAGCCUUCUUUCUUUUUUGUUUCUGAUAAUAUAGACAUUUUUGUUUUUUUUCUUCCAGUUAUGUCGUAUUUAAAAACGUGUAAGUCGCAAUGGAGUGGUAGUUUCAGAGCGUCAAAUUCAUGAAUAGUAUGAAUGUCUGAUAGACCGCUUUAGACGCAAUGUAUCAAAACUGUUUGAUACCGAAUCAGUUUGCAAAUGUAUACGUACUCAGCGUCAUCACUAAUUUAAGAGACACGCUCUUAUCGGUGUAAAAAAUUACUAAGUACCUAACUAGGUACCCAAAUUAUUAUUAAAUUUAAGCACCUUGUUAUUUACCUGCUUAUUUAAAAAAAAAUAUUGAUAACGAAAUAAUAUUAUUUAUGUCAAUACCUACCCUCAAAUAGAACUUACCUAUUGUCAAUGUUAACUUUAAUUAAUAAUAAGUUGCUUAUGUACCUAUUUAGUUACCUAAAUACUGUAUUCAUGCACGAUAUCUAAAUAUUUUUGAAAUCAUGAACAAAUCUUAUAUUUUAGAUAAUUUCUAUUUUAGAUGGCAGUUUGGGCGUUUAGAAGUCAGAUUUGGAUAAUUUUGUACUAAAUUGUAAUACUCGAAAA